AUGCCUCUACCCCCCACCCUCCUUAAAGGCAGUUGCCUCUGCUCCAAAACCUCCUUUACCUCCACAAAAUUACCCCUCUGCCUCACCCAUUGCCACUGCAUCCCCUGCCGCAAACUCUCAGGAGGGCCUUUCACAACCUGGGCAGAUUUUCCCAGCAAUGCCAUAAGCUGGACGCCCCCUGCAGCUGCUACUGCAGCUCCUAUUGCAACAUCUACGACUUCGUCUACUAGUGGCAACCCUGAAGCCCCUGCCUGCGGCAAUGGAAUGCCUACACUAAGACGCUCAAGCAAAAUCGCCACGCGCGGGUUUUGUGAAUCAUGUGGUUCGACGGUUUCUAUGCAGUAUGAUAUGGACCCGGAUGUUUUGGGGGUGGCAGUGGGUUUAAUCGAUGAAGAUUGUCACGGAGAUGUUGGGGCGGUGUUGGAGAUAUUACCGCAGAAACAUAUAUUUCUGAAAGACAAAGCGCGGUGGUUUAAAGUCGAGAAGGGCAGCGUGGGCGAGGCGAGUGAGUGGGAAGGGUUUUCGGGGGAUUGGGAGAGGAAGGUUGGGAUGAAGGGGCACGGAACGGUUUGA